CUGAAACGGAGGUUGAUCGGAGAGGAGACUCAUCGACCAAGAAGAAGGAAACGAUGCCUUUGAGUGCGACAAUGGUGGGAGCUUUGCUGGGUCUGGGUACCCAGAUGUACUCCAACGCUCUCCGCAAGCUCCCUUACAUGCGCCAUCCGUGGGAGCAUGUGGUGGGUAUGGGACUUGGUGCUGUCUUCGCGAACCAGCUUGUGAAAUGGGAUGUGAAGCUUAAGGAAGAUCUCGAGGUCAUGCUCAAUAAGGCUAGAGCUGCCAACGAGCGCCGUUACUUCGAUGAAGAUCGGGAUUAAUUUUUGAGUGAUCUUUUGAAGUCUUCAGAAAGGAAGUAUAUUCUCCUCUGAAGUUAUAUCAAGUGCUUGUUUUGUUUGUGAUCUUCCCUGUAAAAGUUUUUCUUCUCCUUUUUUUCUCUUUUGCUUCCGCAUUAAGCUCUUUCAUUCAGUGUUUUUGGUUAAUAAACCUAAAAGAUUUGUGGUUUCACAAUCUGAAUCAGUUAAAACUGUUUGUACCUGGCUAAUAAUUUCGAAUGAGAAGCCUUAAUUUGUCUGCUCAAAGACGGGAGGAAAAAUGAAUCAAAUGGUUGUUACGUGUUCGUUGCU